CAGUGGCGGGGAGUGUGUUCAUCGUGGAGAGGAUUUGUUUAUCCUAAAAAUGUUCCCCUGUUUCUCUCCUUUCGCUUGUUGCAAUUAAUGAACCGGGAAGAAGAGGCUUAAGCAUGUGGAUACUGACUCCUCAGCAGCCCGGAGGUGAGACGUUCUAUCUCCUCCCUGGUAAAGAGUACGUUGUUGGCCGGAAAAACUGUGACAUUCUUCUUGCCAGUGACCAGUCCAUCAGCAGGUCUCAUGCUCAGCUCACUGUGACCGAUCAGACCCUGACACUGAAAGACACGUCCAAAUACGGCACCUUCGUCAACAGCCAGCAGCUGACGGCGCCUGUUGAGCUGUCGUCAGGGGACAAUGUCACCUUUGGUGUUUUUCACAGCAGAUUCAAUGUGGUGUUCCUGGAGAAACCAGUGGUGUGUUCGUCAUGUUUGGACGCCGCUGGGAAGACGUCGCUCUCUCAGGCCCUUUCAGCUCUGGGUGGGAAGCUGGUGAACAGCUGGACUCCGGACUGCACCCACCUGGCCAUGCCAACUGUCAAAGUCACCAUAAAGACGAUCUCUGCUCUGCUGUGUUGUCGUCCCAUUGUGAAGCCGGAGUACUUCUCAGAGCUGAGCAGAGCUGCGCAGCAAAAAUCAGCUCCUCCCAAACCGGAGAGUUUUGUCCCUGAAAUCGAUGAGCCCAGUUUGAGUAAAGAGGACGUUAACCUUGCAACGACACCGGCUCGGAAACGGCUUUUUACUGGAAAGACCUUCGUUUUCCUCACAUCCAAACAGCUGAAGCGGCUCGGCACAGCGGUGAGUUUUGGCGGAGGCAGCAGUCGGCUGCUGGAGGAGGGCUCCCUCCCCCGCGACCUGCUGGAGUCUCCUCACAGCUGUGUGGUUGAGGUUACCACUGGCAGCUCCCAAACUCUGCUCCCUCCUUCAGCCACAGAGUGGGCAAACUCUGUGAAGAGCAUCAUCCACAGAAAAGGUCUUCGAGUCAUCACAGAGUCGGAGAUUGGUCUGGCUGCCAUCUAUGCAUCUUGUGAAAAGUACUGCAAUCCGUCCUGCCUGAUCAUAGACUCAGAUCCUGCACAAAAAGUAAAACCCAGAAUCCCCAGUGCUUCGCUGUCACAGAGCGUGACUGUGGAUGAAACUGUGCUACCAACAGCAUCUCAGAACAUCACCGCUUACGCUGUCAACACAGAGACGUCACAAAGGAUGGAGGUUUGUCGUGUGAAAAAGCAGAACCAGAAAGCAGCUCAGUUACCCGGAUCCAAACCAACCGUUCAGAAAUCAACCAGUGAGUUGAUAGUGGAGGACACGAUGAGCUCAUCUUUCAGCGUUGCCGACAACACAGACUCACAGAGGAGGAAACCUGACCCCAAACCAAAAGGUUUUGGGAACACCUACUUUAGACCCCCGCCGUCUGCUCCCAAGACCAAUGGAGGCAGCAGGACGUUCCUUCACACACAAUCUUCUCAGAAACAGAAAACGUCUCCACAAACCUCCCCACAGAAACAGUCGACUUUGACCAACUUCUUUCAGCCUGUCAACAGGAAACGACCUUUGGAGGAAGAAUCCUUAGAUGUCAUGUCAGCACCGAAGCGGCCGGCUCCCGAAUCAUCAAUUUCUUCGAAGGAUACAAACUCACUUAGAGUUUCUAAAAAAAUGCCAUCACUUCCCCUCGAGGGACCUUCUGCUGUGUCCGAGACGCCUCUUGAAUCUGUGAGCGAUUUGUUCUCUGGAAUGGCAGAUCAUCUCACAGAGGAACCACAGAGCAGAAAGAGGAAGGAGAUGGAGGAGGAGAUAAAGAUGGAGGAACUGGAGUCAAUUAUGUCUGAGGAUAUGGACUACCUGGACGACGAAUCCCCAAGUAAUCAUGGCCAGAAAGAGAAAGUAAUGGUGCACCACGGUUUGGCCAAACAAAAGCAGAGUUCACACACUGUGGAGUCUUCAACUAAGAAGCAGCGCGUCCACCAAGAGCAAACGGUAGGGGCAGGUCAGAGGCCUGGUUUGGGUCUGGAUAAGGAACGUUCCCAACAGAACCUCGGGGAACAAUCUGACCGGCAUGACGUCUCCAAUAAGACGGACAACAACAUUUCACCUAAUCAUGCCUCUAGUAGACCCCCUAAAAGACCUGCUGCCAGUGAAACUACAGAGAAAAAGGUUUUCGAAGAUGAUGAUGCAUCUUUUAUUGAGGACGUAGAGCUACUUCAAGUAGAUAUUCCCCAGCCAGCAGAAGAGACCAAAGCAUCUCUCAAACCUGUGCAGAUCAAGGAAGAAGUGAAAGAGUCAAAGAUCGAUGAAGAUCUUCCCAAAAAGUUGCUGAUGGUGGAGUUUCGGUCUCUCACGGUUACUGCUCCUUCAAAACCCAAACCCAAACAGUCUCAGAACAACGGACACGCCAAGAACUUCAAAUGUUUCCGCAAGAAACACCUUCCUGGUGCGGAGGGCUUCCCGCACAUCAUCGGAGGAUCCGAUCUGCUGGUUCACAACAGGGGCACGAACUCAGAUCUGGAUGAAUGGCUGAAAGGUGCAGCUGAGGGUCAGCUUCAGAGCAAGAGGGAAGAAACGAUAGGAGACAAUUUGUUCAGGUAUAAUCCCACCAAACUGACCAAGAGAAGAUGAAGUGCCUCCAUCCUUGCACCUUCCAACGGGGGAGUUUCAACCUCCAAGUUUAUCUAAGGACACGUGCAAAAAAGUGUCCUGUAUUGUUUUCUGUUCUUCCUGCUUGUUUUAAAGUGUCUCUAACGACGUCACUGACAGCUAGCAAUGUAAGAAAAGCAGGCUCACGUUCAGAGAUUUUUGUCAACAUUUUUAUUUGUUAAUAAUAAAAAAUAAUCAAUACAAAACAUUAAAAAUCCUUCAGUUGAGAGAUGGUUUAGUUCCCAAUUUCAGGAGAACCAGGGGCUUGAGAAACAAUUCAAGUGUCACUUUUUCCUUUUUCCUCAGCGAUCUCCAGCAAGCCAACCCUUCAGGCACUUUUCCAUUUCUGAAACAGCUCAGAUAAGAGGUUUUCUUGCCAACCAAACAUUGAUUGACUUUUCUGUACACUUGGCCUUUAUUUAGAGAGAAGGUGCUUUGUUAAAGUUAAAAAAUAGGCCAGCAUUUGGUGUGACAUGUACAGCAACGAAAGCUUUUCCUUUCCCAGAUGGGCUACAGGAUGACCAAGAGAGUUGGAAAAAUCAGCUUUCUUAGAAGUUAGAAAGAAUUUACUUCUUGUAUUAUUUAAGGUUUUGCAGCUUGAGUUUCUUGUCAGAGUCCAUGCAUAACUGUGCUAACAUAUCAAGUUCACAUAUUAACAGAAAAUAAUACCAAAAAAAAUCAUGCAAAAAGCA